AUGGAUGGUAAGGAUGAGGUAACCCGGCCCGAUGACACACUGGAAGGUGACGCUGCGGGAGCUGCAACUGAGUCCCUGGUAGAGCUCAGUGAUGGGAAUGCCAUUGCAGAUAGUAUACCGUGGAUCAGUAGUAAUGGCAGUGGGAAAAUACAGAAACCUGGGAGGCGGCCGCGAGCCAAAAAAGUGAACAAAUUGUCACAGGACCAAGUUCGGAUCAACCAUAUAUCAUCGGAGAAGAAACGCAGAGAGGUGAUCAGGUCUAUUUACGACGAAUUGGUUCUGCUGGUGCCGGAUCUGGACGAAACUGAAAACAGGUCAGAACUUGUAAUAUAUUUGAAGACAAUCAAUUACCUGAAGUGGCUGUACGAUAAAAACGCUACCCUCAGGUCAAAAAUACAACAGAAAGGGAAUACAGGUGGAAAUGAGCAAAAUAAAGAAAUAGACGAAGAACUCAUAUGGGAACUGGAAACAGAGUCAAAAGACCCCUCAUGA